AGGGAUUUGUCAAGGUCAAGGUCACGGUCUCGAUCACCGUCUUAUAGGAGAAGGCGUUCGCCAUCUCCAGUAGGACAUAGGUAUAGCAGAAGAAGCAGGAGAGAAAGAAACCGGUCUCCAUAUUCAUCCUAUUCGCAUAGCAGGUGAUCCCGUUUAUGUUCUUGCUUUGUUUAAUGCUGAAUUUUAUAUUAGCUAAUUGUCAAGCUACUCUUAAGAAAGACUGGGGACUCACAUAUUGCUGAUGCGGUUUGGAUUUACAUAAUGUUCGACUUUUACUGUACGCAUCUUAAUCCUUGCUUCUUGAUGGUUGGAACUUGUAUAAUUUCAAUGUCGAAGCAGUUUUUGGAUAGAGCUUAAAUUAAUUAUAUUGAAUGGUAUGAGUGGACAAUAAACGGGAAAAAAUGGUUGUUGUAAAUUUGGAAUUACUAUCGAAUUUGUUGAGAUAAGUAAUGGGGUCAUAUGUUGAAUGUUACUUUUUAAUUUGAGUUUUACAUGCAAAUUGAUCUGCCAUUGAACUUAUCUGUUUGUACAUGUUUAAGUGGACAGGAAUGAGUGGUUUGAGUGUCUACCUUUGCUAUGCUUUUGACGUGUCGGAAUUUUCUGUCUCUGCUCCUUAUGGAAACAUUUUGACUGGUACAUUAGGCUUCACUGCUGUCAUGCUUAUGUCCAAGUGCUACUUAUGUGAUUCUAAAAUUUGAUGAUUAUGCUAGCUGACGCUGGGAGUAAAUGUUGACGAUAUAGGAUCAUUUAGCAAAAUCAGUUUCUGAUUCUGUUUUAAAAAAAUAAUAAUAAUAAUAAGAAAAAAGUGAAAAUAAAGAUAAGAAGAAAGAUGCCAAAUAUGAUUUUCUGGAGUGACAGUCGAAUAAAAAUAGUGUUGUCAGGGCGAGAUAGAAUGCAUGCUCUUCCGAAUAAAUUAAAAGAACUCAGUUUCUUCCCAUCUAUGGGAAGUGAGCAGGUGCUGGGUGCCGUUGGGUGUCCUUUUGUUGCUCGCUUGUGACAUUUGGUUCUUCAUGUGAUAAAAGAUGGAGCAAACAAAGGUUAUUCUUAACAAUGUAUGAGACGAAAAAGUCCUUCUCUUUCCCCUAGACGGCGUAAAAGUCGUUCACCUACUCUAAGAAGACGUAGAAGUCGUUCGCCUACGCCAAGACGCCAUAAGAAGCAAGGAAGUACAAGUUCCUCAAGUCUUGGCUCAAUAGAGCGCAAAAUAUCUAGUGAAGUUUUGAAAAAAGAAGAGGAGGAAAAGAAAAGGCGACAACAGGAAGCAGAAUUGAAACUGGUGGAAGAGGAGACUGCAAAGAGAGUGGAAGAAGCAAUUUCUAGAAAGGUCGAAGAGAGCUUAAACUCUGAGGAGAUUAAAGUAGAAAUACAGAGGCGAUUGGAGGAGGGGCGGAAGAAACUUCUUGAUGAAGUUGGAGCUCAACUUGAAAAAGAAAAGGAAGCUGCUCUUAUCGAGGCUAGACAAAAGGAGGAACAAGUUCGGCAAGAGAAAGAAGAGCUAGAGAGGUUGCUUGAAGAAAAUCGGAGGAGGGUUGAAGAAGCCCAAAGAAGGGAAGCUUUGGAGCAGCAGCGAAGGGAGGAGGAACGGUAUCGGGAGCUAGAAGAGCUUCAGAGGCAAAAAGAAGAGGCUAUGAGAAGGAAGAAACAAGAAGAGGAGCAGGAACAGAAGAACCAGAUGAAAUUGUUGGGUAAGAACAAGUCAAGGCCAAAACUGUCGUUUGCAAUAGGCUCCAAGUAAUAUUAUAUACAAUUGUAUGAAAUGAAAGAAAGUGAAAAAAGCUUUAAUCUCUUAUAAAUAUUUUGUGCUUGGAUUGCAUCUGUAAUUUGAGGAUAUAUAUCUGGUAAAUACAAUUUUUGGGUCUUAGUUUUGUUGCCA